CAUAAUGGGGAACCAAACCUCCAACGAGGAUCUCUCGAGGGCCGGGUCUCUGCACGCCGGCCUCGACAGUUGCAGUACAGGCACGAUGAACAAAACUAAAACCAAGAAGCCCACGAAGUUGACCCAAAUGGCCAACCGGAUAUCGCGAUCGUCUGCAAGAAUGAUGGGCGCAGGGUCGGCGAACAACUUAGCCAAUACAUCUGGUAACACGAUUGAUUCACUAGACGAUAUUUCGGGUGGGAAGGCCCUGAGAGCGAGACCAACAGAUGAAAAGAUAGACGAGCUGUUGCUUGAUUUUGCUAAACGACUGGGCAUUCCCGACGACAAGAUUGCGAAAAUGAACGAGACGAUGUCAUACGAGCACAAAUGGCAGUUGUUGCAGCAAAAUGAAAGCGACAAACAGAGCAGCCGGCAUGUCAGAGAUACCGCCGAUAGAGCCGAGCGAUACGUAGACUUUCUAUCCGCCGAUCUGUCGCUGGAGAUGCUCAGUUCGAUGCGUGUUGAAUUGGGGAAUAAGCGGCUGGCGUGGGUCACCUCCUUUAUCGAGGCAGGUGGCAUGCGGAAGAUUUUCAAUAUACUCACAGGCUUGGCAACGGGACAGGACAGAGACACUCCUGAAACGGGUCAGAAGAUGUACGAGUUCUUGAAAGGUCUACGCUCGUUGCUAAAUGUGGAGAGGGGCAUGUUGAGUCUGCUGGUGGAUGCGGACAAUAAGGAGGAUGACAAAGGCGUAUUAGCCAUCGCGUUGUGUCUUGAUAGCUGUGACGUGCGGGUAAAGAAGAAUGUCCUUGAGUUGCUGGGCGCUGUGUGCUGCCUAGAAGGCGGUCACCGACAAGUGCUUCAAGCAUUCACCGAUCUAAAGCAAAUCCGAGCGGAGAAAGCCAGAUUCCAGAUAUUUAUGGCCAAUUUCGCGAGUGCGGCAUCGCAACUGGAGCUGAAAGACUUCUGUAAGGCGUACGCAGACGUGUGCCUCACCAUGGUCCAGUUUCUCAACGCGUUAGUCAACUCGCCGUCCGAUCUGCUGUUGCGUGUGCACGUGCGCACAGAACUGACUGAGCUCAGACUGGGCGGCACACUGGCGCUGAUUAAGAAGCAGAACCAAACUAUCGGCAACAAGAAUCUGGAUUUCCACAUCGUCAAAUUCGAACGCCACGCCGAGGAGGACAGGGUUCAGCUGAGUAACAAGUACAUAGAUGCAGACACCUCAGACAGUCUCUCCAUGUUCACAGCUAUCAACGAGAAGUGCCUCAACACCCCCGCGUUCAAACCGUGGAAGAAGGUGCUGCAAGACCUCACGCUGAUUCCCUACGCAGACCCGCAGGCGUGUCCGCUGUAUAUGCAACUGAUUGGCAAUAUCAUAUCCGCUGUUGUACUGCAGCGUCCCCAUGCGGCCGACCCCGACUUUCACCUGAACUGGAAGUUGGAUGUCUCGGAGAUGACCAAGGCCUUGGAACACGAGAAAGAACUCGAAGUGGAGAAGGCUAAGACCCAAGAACUACAGAAGGAUCUAGAAUACCAAAUGAAUGCCUUCGACGGCAAGAUGCGCGAGGUGCAGAGUGCCCUCGCCGGUGAGUCGUUGUGGCCCACGUGGCUGAGCGGAGAUCUAGAGAAGGCCAAGCUGCAAAACGAGCGCGUCAAACAGGGCCUGGAUCCACUCACAGGCGAAAAGAUGGGUGAGAAUGCCACAGAUGGCUCUGAAAAGAACGGCUCGGCCGACUCCUCCACAGUCGCAGGUGGCGCUGGCGCGACAGCCAAACCCAUUGGACCUCUGGGAGCACCUGGGGGCGCCAUACCACCACCACCGCCCCCACCCGGAGGUGAGUCUAUCCGUAACCGUCUCUGGUUUCAGCUAUUUAGCUACACAUUGUCUGAUAUGCGACUGAGUCUGUUGUUGGUGUUUAAGCUCUUUAACACCAAACCAAUGUACUUUGCUCACAUAUCUUCUCAUCUCACACUCUCAGUACCGCCAUCACCGCCGCCGCCACCGGGAAUGGCUGGGCCACCACCACCCCCACCACCCCCAGGAGGUGGUCCUCCUCCCCCUCCACCACCGCCCGGAGGUGCACCAGGGCCACCGCCGCCCCCAGGCGCACCCAAAGCCAUGGCUGGCUUUACAGCCGUGCCCAAAAAGAAGCGCAUAGAGCCCACGCAGAAGCUCAAAGGAAUCAAUUGGACCAAAGUGCCGUACAGCAAAUUGGAAGGGACAAUCUGGAAAGACGUGGACGAUGAAAAAGCAUUGCAGAAGAUAGACAAGACCGACUUUGAAAGCCGCGUCAAAGUAGUCGAGUUCAAGGAGGGCAACAUCGACCUGUAUUUCCGAUGCAAAGAGGAGGCGGGUGUCCCAAAACUAUACUACUGUCCGCUUUCUGAGGAAGAGGUCAAGGCACACCAAAAGAAGAGUGGACAGGGCAACCCGCCCCGAAGGAAAGCGGGUGGCAAUAGAGUAAAGGUUCUCAAAGACACAGCCGAAGUCACUCCAGUGAAUACCCCAGGCACUUCUCCCAUAACUGCCAAGGCAGAGGGCUUGAAGACUGAGCUCGAAUCCACACCGGAAGGUGCACCUGAACCCACAGAAAAGGACCGGGACACCAAACGCACCUGGAUGAGUGCGGAGAUGAAGCCCAGUCAGCUGACAGGGUUCUGCGCACCGACAUGGUGGCAUGUGCGUAUCAAAGGACACAUGGUUAGAGUGAAGUUCGUCACGGGUAACUCGGCAGCCCAGGCCACUGAGAGCAAUGUCCAACAAUCCGACAAGGAGCGACGGAUGUCCGACAAAAUCGGACGACUACCAAGCGACAAUGUCUACACAGUACCAUCAAAGGGGGUGUACCUAGUGCAAGACGGCACCUUGCGGGUCAAAGAGAAAAAGACACAGAUUACGAUGCUGACCGACAAGACCUCCAAUGCCAUCGAGAUCAUGUUGUCUAAAGUGACGCUCAGUUUUGAAUCAAUCACCGAGGCAUUCAUCAACAUGGACGACACCGUGCUCGACUUGGAGAUGUUGGAGCGCUUCUCUGAUAUAAACAAGUUCGAAGACAGCGAGUCAAAGGCCAUCGCGGAAUACAAGGGAGACCUCAGCAAAGUCAGACGGGCCGAGCAGUUUGUCAUGGCAACCAUCAAGGUGCCCCGAUACUCGCAGCGACUGUCUGCGAUGAUCUACAAGAUAAAGUAA